AUGGCGGACUCUUCCGAAGACCACGAGAUUUUAAGCGAUGGUAUCCGUGGACGCAACAAGAAGGUGGAAGCGUAUUCGGACAUGGAAAGCGGUACCUUGAGCUCCUCAAGCACAUUUAAUAGUUCUACUGCUACCGUGGACGACGACACUGUUGCUUCUUCCGUAUCCUCCAUCUCUGAGAAAGAGAAGAAGACAUCACCUGCAACAACGACACUCUCUAACGUAGAGGCUACAAUCAAUUGGUGGAAAUCCAUGCGUCUACAGUUUGGCGACGGUCUUUUGUUGCAAAUUUUCUUUGUCUACUUCACGCAAGGCGUCCGCAGUACGCUCUGCUCGCUGGGAACGAGUUACUAUCUUAACGAGACGCUGGCACUGGUUCCAGCGCAGUCUGAGUCACUGCGUGCCACUGCCGCUAUUCCGUGGAUUAUUAAGCCACUCUAUGGCAUGCUGUCGGACAGUGUACCUAUCUGGGGGACGCGACGCAAGUCGUAUCUCCUCAUCUUUAGCGUCAUCUCGGCUGCCGCCUACUUUUCCCUCUCUAUCCCCGGACUUAUCACGUCGUACGAGAGUGCCCUGGUUGCACUCGUAGUCGCGAGUCUUGGCAUUGCGUUUUGUGACGUAGUUAUUGACGGAAAAGUCGUCGAAGCUGCACGCAGUGAGCGCGAAGACAUGGCUGGCAACCUGCAGACGCUAUCAUGGAUCUCCCUGUCGGUCGGAUCUGUGCUGGGCUCGAUGGUGUCGGGAUACGCACUUGACACCUUUGGUCCGCGGGGUGUUUUCUUCGUCACUGCAGCCGGCCCGCUGUGUGUGGUGCUGAUCUCUAUCAAGAUCGUGGAGGAGAAGUAUGUACCGCAAGGGGAGCUCAGAUUCUUCCGAACUGUGCAAGAACAGUGUCGUGCUUUGGCAUCGGUGGUGGUGGACCCCAUUUGCUGGCGCCCCAUGCUCUGGAUCUUCCUGUCCAAUGCGUUACCUCCUAGUGUAGGAGAAGCAAUGUUCAGUUUCAAGACCAACGAGUUAGGCUUUUCCAAGUCCUUCCUGGGCUUCAUCUCCAUUGUAGGCAGCUUCACACUCCUGGGUACAACGGCUGUCUACAACGCCUACUUCCGCGACAUGCCCUUCCGCCGCAUGUUCUUCCGCAUCCAGCUGGCAUCAGCUUGUGUAUCUUUGAUAGAGUUCGUGCUGGUCUCCCGUCUGAAUUUGCUUUUUGGCAUCAGUGAUCGAUUCUUCAUCUUCGGCGACGAAAUACUUUCGGACGUGGUGGCUCGCCUCAAACAUAUGCCGUCACUAGUAUUGUGUGCCAAGAUAUGUCCGCCGGGUAUUGAGGGUACCAUGUUCGCGCUGCUCAUGUCGAUCUACAACUUUUCGUGGUCUGUCGCCUCAUUUGGCGGUUCGUGGCUAUGCAGCUACUUGCAGAUCUCCAAGACCGACUUUGUGGGACUCACCACAGCGGUGACUAUCCGUACCGUCGCCAAGGUGGCGCCGCUCUUCCUGCUGUUCAUGGUGCCUGCGACGACUACCAUCAGCAGCUCGUCCAUGGCGUCCAAGGCCAAGGUUGCAAAGGCCAAAACACAGAACGAGUGCGACAGCGACAGUGACGGCGUCGUUAUCGACGUCAAGGUGAAUCUGUAA